AUGACUCAGGACGUGGAAAUGAAAGAUAACCAGACCCCUUCUCAAUCGGUCAUCUCUUCUACUACCUCGACAAUGCAGCAUUUGAAGGAGAUAGCAGCUCUGAUUGAUAGUGGGUCUUAUACGAAGGAGGUCCGUCGCAUUGCUCGUGCGGUGCGUCUCACUAUUGGAAUUAGGAGAAAACUCACCGGCUCUGUGCUUUCUUCGUUCCUGGAAUUCGCUUUGGUUCCAGGUUCGGAAGCUCAUUCUCGUCUUUCUUCGUUCAUUCCCAAGGGUGAUGAUCAUGACAUGGAAGUCGACACAGCUUCAUCUGCUACACAAGCUCCUUUGAAGCACCUACCUGCAGAGCUGGAGAUCUAUUGCUACUUCAUUGUUCUUCUUUUCCUGAUCGAUCAGAAAAAGUACAACGAGGCUAAAGCUUGUUCUUCAGCAAGCAUUGCUCGCCUCAAGAACGUCAACAGAAGGACCAUUGAUGUCAUUGCGUCAAGAUUGUACUUUUACUACUCUUUGAGUUACGAGCUUACCGGAAAUCUGGCUGAAAUUCGUGGGACUCUUCUUGCGUUGCAUCAUUCUGCAACCCUACGCCAUGAUGAAUUGGGUCAGGAAACACUUCUAAACCUGUUGCUUCGUAACUACCUACACUACAAUCUGUAUGACCAGGCAGAGAAGCUAAGAUCCAAAGCACCGCGAUUUGAGGCACAUUCCAACCAACAGUUCUGUAGGUAUCUGUACUACCUCGGGAAGAUCCGAACCAUUCAGCUUGAGUAUACAGACGCCAAAGAAAGCCUUCUUCAGGCAGCCAGGAAAGCACCUAUUGCAGCUCUGGGCUUCAGAGUCCAAUGCAAUAAAUGGGCGAUUUUGGUUCGUCUGCUUCUGGGAGAAAUACCCGAAAGGUCCAUUUUCACCCAGAAGGGAAUGGAGAAGGCUCUUAAGCCUUAUUUCGAGCUUACUAAUGCGGUGAGGAUUGGAGACUUGGAACUCUUCAGGACAGUCCAAGAGAAGUUCUCAGGCACAUUUGCUCAAGACCGAACGCACAAUCUCAUUGUAAGACUCCGCCACAAUGUCAUCAGGACUGGACUUCGCAACAUAAGCAUCUCAUACUCGAGAAUCUCCCUUCCCGAUGUUGCCAAAAAGCUGAGGCUCAACUCCGAAAACCCUGUGGCUGAUGCGGAAAGCAUUGUGGCAAAGGCCAUACGCGAUGGAGCGAUUGAUGCAACCAUCGAUCACAAGAAUGGGUGCAUGGUCUCCAAAGAAACCGGGGACAUCUACUCUACCAAUGAGCCACAGACUGCGUUUAACUCGAGAAUUGCGUUCUGCCUCAACAUGCAUAACGAGGCUGUCAGAGCUUUGAGGUUUCCUCCUAACACUCACAAGGAGAAAGAGAGUGAUGAGAAGAGGAGAGAGAGGAAGCAACAAGAGGAAGAGUUGGCUAAGCAUAUGGCCGAGGAAGACGAUGAUGAUUUUUAG